AUGUCGGAGGAUCCAUACUAUGAUCUCGGUUCUUAUCAGCUGCUCGUGAAGACAACCUCUCCAGAAUGUCAGGGCUGGUUUGAUCGUGGAUAUCGUUGGGCCCAGGGCUUCAAUCAUGGAGAAGCCGCCCGUUGCUUCAGGAAGGCUAUUGCACAUGACGAAACUUGUGCCAUGGCAUAUUGGGGCCUGUCUUAUGCCUUAGGACCUAACUACAACAAGGCUUGGAUUCGAUUUGAUCCCUCCGAUUUGCUUGAAACGACCACAGAAGCCCGGCACCUUCUUCAAAAAGCCCAAACGUACACUACCCAAGCAACAAUGAUGGAAUGUGCUCUAAUAGAGGCACUGAAGGCUCGAUUUCCACGAUCGGACGUGUUCCCCGACGAUCUUGGCUCUCUCGAUCGAAGCUAUGGAGAGGCUAUGCGUCCGGUGUAUGAGAAGUUUCCAGAUGACUUGGAUAUCGCCGCUCUCACGGCAGAAGCCUUCAUGUGUUUCACUCCGCGUGGUCUGUGGAACCUCGAUACCGGAAAGCCUACUGGUCAGCAUACUGUCCUGGCUCGGGAGAUAAUUGAGAGGGCGAUGACUCUUCCCGGGGGCGCAGAACAUCCCGCGUUGUGCCAUCUCUAUAUUCAUUUGAUGGAAAUGUCCCCUUACCCCGAAAUCGCAUUGCCAGCAGCCGAUCGGCUACGCUUUCUAAUGCCCGAUGCAUCCCAUCUGCUGCACAUGCCGACACACAUCGAUCUCGCUUGUGGUGAUUAUCGCAGAGCCAUGGACUCAAAUCACCAAGCUAUGCUUGUCGAUGAUAAAUUCUUUGCUCGCACAGAAGGAACCACUCUCUACAAGUUAUAUCGGGCGCACAACAUCUACGUAAAAUUGUAUAGUGCCUUGAUGUCUGGCCGCUUCAAAGAAGCGCUCUCUGCGGCAAAUCGUCUGCCUGGAAUACUCACUACCGAGGUGCUUUCUAUCUCUAGCCCUCCGAUGGCAGAUUGGGUCGAAAGCUUUCUCGGUGGAAUUGUCCAUGUUUUAGUCCGCUUUGGUCGCUGGGAGGAAAUUCUUCAGAAUCUUCCGAUACCAGAGGACAAGCAGUUGUAUUGUUCCACAACAAGUAUGAUCUAUUACGGCCGAGGUAUCGCACUUGCGGUACUUGGUCGCGUUGAUGAAGCAAAGCUCGCACAAGCCAAGUUUGAAACGGCGAGAGCCCUUGUGCCGAGAACCCGUCUUAGUAGCCUGCCGGCUCGGGAGGUCGAUGUACUGAAAGUUGCAUCGGCUAUGCUACAAGGCGAAAUCCAGUAUCGAGAGAGAAAGUUCGACGCUGCUUUUCGCAGCUUGCGAGAGGCUGUUGCUCUGGAAGAUCACCUCCCUUACUCGGACCCCCCGCCAUGGAUGCAGCCAACCCGACAUGCGUUGGGUGCCUUGCUCUUGGAACAAGGCCAUCUCGAGGAAGCGGAAUUAGUAUACCGAGAGGAUCUUGGACUGAGCGACAGUCUACCCAGGCGCAAAGCAAGAUUGAACAACGUUUGGGGACUUCAUGGUCUCCAUGAAUGCUUGACCCAGACGGGGAAAAUUGGAGAAGCCAAAGUUAUCGGCACCCAGAAAGAACUCGCUUUGGCCUCUGCAGAUGUUCCCAUCGCUGCAUCAUGUUUCUGUCGUCUUUCUAAUUCCGAGGGAACAGAAGGUCCCCAGCCCCAAAAAUCAGAGUGCUGCGCCUGA